GAAUGCUGCUGUGCCACGAUCAAGACUGCGGCGAGAGAUAUGGCUCGGAAAACGUACCUCAAUCCAGGAAUGGAAUACAGCGGUGUACUCCUAAUUAUCCCAGCUGACAAAUCGAGAAGAUUGAAAUAUUUCUAAUUGUUAAUGAAUGUUCGUUUUUAGUCAGCAUGCUAGGCUAGGCAAUCCUAUAGAAGCCCAUUGGAUUCCAUGAAAAGGCGAUGCCGAGCGUUGGGAGUGUGACAUGUAAGGAGACGAUUCGGGCUCUGAGUUGUGGAGAUUCUCAUGCUGUUUUACUGUCUGAAGAGGGUCGGGUUCUCUGCUUGGACAAGGCCAAUAUUCUCAGCCCAUUGGGUAACCUAUGUAACUCAGGUUGUAUGUGGAGACCAGCAUUCAAUUUUACUAACUCAGGUCGAACCUUUCAAAACUAUGGUCAGCUGGGUUUUGGGUGGGGCGAGCCACGCGACAUGUCCAUGUCCCCCAAGCCCCUGAAGUCUCUAUCAGGGAUCCCCCUGGUUCAGAUCACUGCAGGGGGAGACCACAGCUUCGCUCUGUCCCUUUCUGGAGCUGUGUUCGGCUGGGGCAAGAACACCGCCGGGCAACUGGGACUAGGGGACACAACAAACAGAUGUGCUCCAGCUCCUGUUGAUUGCCUGAAUCUGAAGAAGACUGUUUUGAUUUCAUGUGGAGGAGAACAUACUGCCGUUCUGACAAAGGGAGGUGUGGUGGUCACAUUUGGCUCAGGCUGCUAUGGACAGCUUGGACACAACUCUCUCCGAGAUGAACUACGACCUCGAGUGGUGGGGCAACUUUGUGGAUUAAAGGUGACCCAGAUAGCCUGUGGAAGACACCACACAUUAGCAUUUGUGGGGCCCUCCAAUAAGAUUUACUCAUUUGGGUGCGGAGAGCAAGGGCAGCUGGGAAAUGGAGUAAAGAUUGAUCAGUCUGUGCCCCUUCCAGUACAACUGCCAGACCAGAUUGAUGACCAGAAAAUUGAACACAUUUUUGCUGGAGGAAACCAUUCCUUUGCGUUGUGCACUCUUGGUCAGGAGUCUGGAGAAAGGCCUAACAAUCUCAGGUCAAGUGUGGGCAAAGUGACACAACAAGCUAUAGAUGAAGAAAUCAUUGACAAAUGGAUCUCGGAAUGUGAUUCAAAGUCUUGGAAAAAAGGACAGAAGGAAAUCACAAAAAUGUUUUCUUCUGCAUCGUGUUUAAAUGGGAGCUUUCUUGAUAAAAGUUGUGACAAACAUUACCAAACCUCACCAAAACAGUCUGGCCUGGAUUAUUCACUCGUCCAAGGCGCAUUCCGAAAGCUGGCGAAAAAGGGCAAAGUUUUGACUGAGCUGUUGUCCAGCACACACUGCUUCCCUCCCUGUAUGAGGAGCCCAUUUGGAGUGGAGGGCUUGAGGGUCUACCUGGUUCUCCCUGAGCUCCUGAGGGUCCUUCACAAACAGCACAGAAGGACAGAUCUCACCGAAGCUGUUGCUGCUGCUAUCCUCAAACUGCACUGAAAAGCUGCAGGUCCUCGGAGUUUGCAGUACAUCUUGGAUUACCCUGAUGAUGAUGUUGAAAACAUGGACAUGACUUUCUCAGUGAUGUGGGGUGAUGUAGCGGUGGAACUUGAUCCCAAAGAAAGUGGAAAACUCGUCACAAGUGCCAACAAGAAGGAGUUUGUUGACACCUAUGUGAACUACAUCUUCAACCAGUCAGUAGAGGUGGUGUUUGAAGAGUUCAGGAAAGGCUUCUUCAAGGUGUGUGACAAGGACGUGGUGGAGUUCUUCCAGCCAGAGGAACUGAGGGGAGUGAUGGUGGGGAAGGAGAAUUUCGACUGGGAAACGCUGAAACAGAACACUGUGUAUGAAGGAGAGUACCAUGCUGGGCAUCCCAACAUCAUCACAUUCUGGGAGGUGUUUGAGGAACUGACAGAGGAUCAAAAGAAAGCGUUCCUGUUGUUCCUGACUGGCUGUGAUCGUGUGCCCAUCCUGGGUAUGAACCAGAUCAGGAUGAGGGUCCAAACCCUUCUCAACUCCUCCCAACAGCAUUUCCCAGAGGCGCUGACCUGUCACUCUCUGUUGCAGCUGCCCAUCUACCCCUCCAAAGAGACACUACAGAGCAGGCUUAUAGAAGCUGUUGGCCACAACAGAGGCUUCUGGAAUGAAUAAUGGGUGUUUUGUGUUGCUGCUGUGUAUAGUCCUCUCCUGUGUUCAUUUUUUCAUUGUUCCAUAGUUGAGUUUAAGAUUUUGAUUGUUUUAAUGUAGGGUUGUAUUUCAAAUCCUAACUUGAGAUCUGUACCACUCUGACAUUAUCAUAUUGCAUUCACCAAAUUUGAUUAAAACAUUUAUAAAUCAAAAAGUACAGCAUGGUUUGUGCCUGCACAUUAAACAACACAUUAACAAAAAUGAUAACAACCAAGAUACAAGGAAAUUCCAAAGUUUUUGUAGUAAUCUAAAUGUUAAAAGGAAGCAUUGUCACGCCUUGGUCUUAGUAUUUUGUGUUUUAGUUAAUUAGUUGGUCAGGCCAGGGUGUGACAUGGGUUUAUGUUAUUGUGUUGUCAUAUUGGGGUUUUUGUAGGCACUGGGAUUGUGGUUGAUUAGGGGUGUGUUUAGUUCAGGUUUGGCUGCCUGAGGCGGUUCUCAAUCAGAGUCAGGUGAUUCUUGUUGUCUCUGAUGGGGAACCGUAUUUAGGUAGCCUGGGUUUCACUGUGUAUUUCGUGGGUGAUUGUUCCUGUCUCUGUGUAGUUUCACCAGAUAGGCUGUAAUUAGGUUUCACGUUUUGUUGUUUUGUAUUUAUUAGUUAUUGCAUGUAUAGUUCCGUUUUUUCUUCAUUAAAAAACAUGAGUAACCAA